GGUAGCAAACAUGCUGCACAACCAGUCAGAUAGCAUUCCUUCUCAGUUAAUUGUUAGCCUUCUCUUAAUUAAAAACCGUCAAGCCUUUCUGUUUCUGUUUUUCCCAGUUGCUGGAGUCCUUACAAUUAUACAAAGAAAGCAGUCUCUGAAAGAUGCGUAUCUUUGCCAAAUUGUUGAUUGAUGGCAAAGAGACUCCAAGUUAUGUAAUACCGUGCAAGCUACUCAGCUCAACCGUAGCCGACCUCAAGCAGAGCAUUCUUGAUAGACAGUCAGAGAAAAGCCAGUCAGAGAAAAGGCAUGAUUCAUCAGAGCUUAAACUAACUCUUGCUGGAAGUGAGGCUGUUCUAUCAGACCAAGACCUGGUUCAAGAUGUCCUUCAAGAUGGAGAUGUUGUGCAACUCAGAGCUGGCUGUGGUGGUUGUGUGCACGUAAUGGACUCUACUGUUUUACCAUCGUAUGGACUGUCGCUAUGCCAAGCUCUAUCCAAUGUCAACAAAGCUGAGUGGAUAGAACUGGAUGGGAACAGUCUGUCCAUUGAAAGCCUUAUCAAAAUUGGGAAGGGUGAACUUCGUGUUAAGCUUUCCAAGGAAGCCAUUGAUGCUGUCAACAAAGCAAGACAACACGUAGACCAUAUUGUUAAGGAGCACAAAGUUGUGUAUGGCGUGACAACUGGGUUCGGGAAGUUUGCUCGAGUGGUAGUGGAGGGAGACAAACUAGUAGAGUUACAAGAGAGUUUGAUCAGAUCUCAUGCAGCUGGUGUUGGUCCUCCCCUACGCCCAGAGCAGACUAGGAGACUGCUCACCCUCAGAAUCAAUGUGCUGGCCAAGGGGUUCAGUGGGAUCAGACUAGAGACAGUUGAACAUCUCAUCAAUGCUCUCAAUGCCUCUUGUCUCUCGUACAUCCCUGAGAAAGGCACGGUGGGUGCUAGCGGUGACCUUGCCCCACUCUCACACCUGGCCCUGGGCAUGAUGGGGGAGGGCUACAUGUGGAGCCCAACCACUGGCUGGGGACUCGCCAAAGAUGUACUACACGCACACAAUCUACAACCUUUUACACUAGCUCCAAAAGAAGGUCUCUCCCUCAUCAAUGGGACCCAGUUCAUCACAGCAAUUGGAGCGGAGGCCAUCUUCAGAGCUGAACAGAUCACGCGGCAAGCUGACAUCAUAGCUGCCCUCUCACUGGAAGUGCUUCAAGGCACACCACGAGCCUUUGAUGCAGCCAUCCAUGCCAGUCGGCCCCACCCAGGACAACAGAAGGUGGCCUCAAGACUCAGGGCUCUACUGGACUCCAAUAUACAUCCUUCAGAGAUCAGACUGAGCCACAAGAACUGCGCUCGUGUUCAAGACCCCUACACGAUGCGUUGCAUCCCUCAAGUCCACGGGGUGGUCAACGACACCAUUCAGUUUGUCAAGGGCAUUCUCACCACAGAGAUGAACAGUGCACUGGAUAACCCCAUGGUGCUGGCAGACAGAGAAGAAACCAUUUCUGGAGGAAACUUCCAUGGAGAGUACCCUGCCAAGGCAAUGGACUACCUUGCGAUUGGUGUCCAUGAGCUGGCUAGCAUGAGUGAGAGGAGACAGGAGAGACUCCUCAACCCAGCGUACAGCGAGAUGCCUGCCUUCCUGGUGAAUGAGGGUGGCCUCAACUCUGGGUUUAUGAUUGCUCACUGCACCUCUGCUGCUCUUGUCUCAGAGAACAAGGUCCUCACUCAUCCCUCAUCUGUGGACUCCAUCUCCACCUCAGCCGGGACAGAGGACCAUGUCUCCAUGGGAGGGUUUGCAGCACGGAAGGCUCUCACAGUGGUAGAGCAUGUGGAGCAAGUAAUGGCCAUUGAGUUGCUGGCUGCCUGCCAGGGACUGGAAUUCCAUAGACCUAAAAAGACCACCAAACCUCUGGAGGAGGUGCACAAGCUUGUGAGGUCUGUGGUAAGGCCUUGGGACAAGGAUCGGUUCUUUGCCCCUGACAUUAAUGCUGUGACACAGCUACUCAAGGAAGGAAAGGUAUGGGAUGUUACAAGGGUCUACAUUGAAAAGUACCAGGCCGAGCUCUCAGAGCAUAUAUAGCUAGACUAAAUAAUAUGAACAACAGACUCAUGCUUGAUUGCAUAUAUAAUUAUAUCAUUGUAAUUAUUAAUCACGUAUUAUUUUCUAUGCCGCUGUUUAAAAAAUAUUAUUAUACUGCUCAA